AUGCCGUCGAUCUUGAGCGAUGACGACAAGGAGACUGUCAAGCGCUUCGUUCCCAAGCAGACAAACAAGAUCCAAGCCGUCGCCGUUGCCAGGUUAUAUGUGGCCUAUCCCAAUCCUGCGAAAUGGACAUACACGGGCAUCCAGGGCGCCAUCGUUUUGUCAAACGACCUGGUAGGCAACACCUAUUGGCUCAAGAUGGUUGACAUCUCUUCCGCAAACCGAGGCGUCAUCUGGGAUCAGGAGAUAUUCGAAUCGUGGAGUUACAAUCAAGACCGCACCUACUUUCACAGUUUCGAAAUUGAAGAAUGCCUCGCGGGCCUGUCAUUCAUGGACGAGAAGGAGGCAAAACAAUUCAAGAAGAAGAUGGAUGACAGGGAAAAGAAUGCGAGCAGAGGCACCAGGGCAACUCCAUUCGGAGGAGCUGCACAAUCUCAUCCUCACAAACAUGGUCUGCUCGGAGGACUUUUCGGUAGCCGCCAUGCUUCAGCUCCCACACCCCCCGAUUCGCCGCGAGCACAUGGCCGAAUGCCAUCGCUCGGGGGACCCAACGGUCACAAGUCCUCAGAAUUCGCGGUUCUCGAUGCGUUCGACUCGAAUUGGCGCGAGAACUUUGGACAGGAUCUGCGAGACAAGGGCUUGACCGAUGAGUUCAUUAAGGAGAACCAGGAGUUCAUCGUUGACUUCUUGAAGGAGGAGCAGGAGAAGCUGAUGGCUGGAGCAAGAAGCCACGUUCCUCCUCCCCCUCCUCCGCCACCGACAGGAUCCCAUUCCAACGGCAUCGAACCAAGAAAUAGGCUUCCUCCGCCGCCGCCCCCUCCAGCAGACAGCCCACGUGUACCACCGCCGCCUCCGGCUCCACGACGCGGCAAUGCCCCCGCUCCUCCGCCAGCACGGAGGUCUGGCAAGACCGAACCGCCGGCCGUUCACAGAGAACCAACCCCUCCAAGCGAGCCUUCUGCGCCCGAGCCGCCCAAAAACCGCUUCGCUGUGCCUCCACCCUUGCCAGACGCCGGCAAGCUUGCGCAUGCUCUGGGAGGUUCCGUCAGUGCCAUUCGCGGGCCGGCAAAUGGACCGCCUCCGCCUCCACGCCCGCCAAAGACACCUAUGCAAGAAGAAGAGAGACCCGCGAGCCACAGGUUCGGAGUGCCUCCCGCGUUUCCAGGCUCACGACCGCCGCCAACUCCAAGCCGCGGUCCGGUCCCGCCGCCUCCCCCUCCGAGAGCAGAUGCUGGCCCGCCGCCGGCCCUCCCCCCGAAAGCCCCGGCGAACGAGGCCCCUCCCCUACCACCACCUUCUUCACGGCCGGUCCCACCUGCGCCAGCAGCCGGAGGCCCUCCACCCCCACCGCCUUUGCCAGCAUCGCAGGCUCCUCCGCCGCCGCCGUUACCCUCGUCGAGCGCGCCUCCUCCGCCCCCUCUACCUACCUCACCACCGCCUUUGCCAACAUCCAACGCGCCACCUCCGCCGCCGUUGCCCUCGUCGAACGCUCCCCCACCACCUCCUUUGCCAUCAAGCAACGCUCCCCCGGCACCGCCUCCACCUCCUCCCGGGGCCGGUGCGCCUCCCCCUCCUCCCCCACCGCCGCCAGCUGCCUUGGGUGGACCCCCGGCUCCUCCCAUGCCGAACCGGGACUCUGGGUACUCCUCUGGCGUUCCCGCUCCCGCGCCGGACGCCGGUCGCUCCGGCAUGCUGGCCGAUAUCCAGAAGGCUGGUGGUAUCAAGGCAUUGAAGAAGGUGGACAGAAGUCAGAUUCGCGACCGAAGUGGUGCUUCAGUUGGUGGCAGCAACGAUACUGGGCCGCACGGAAGCGGUUUGCCCCCUGCUGGUGUUGCACCUGGUGGCGGUGGUGACAUGGCCAACGCCCUUGCCGCCGCGUUGCAGAAGAGAAAGGAGAAGGUCAGCAGAAGUGAUGACGAAAGUGACAAUGACGACUGGUAA